GCACUCCUAACCUGGCAACCGAGAGGUAGGGAGGCUGGAUUAUCUACCCCGACUCACAGACACACAAAACACACUCCAAAAAACCACACACACACACACGCACGCACGCCACCAGCACGGGAAUUCGUGAGGUACGCGGUGAGGACACACACAUCUGGAGAGACUCUCGUGGGCGGACGACGGCAGAGUCGGGACGAGCACUCAGCAUCAAGUAGAAUUGACUGAUUUUUUAAUGCAGCCGAGCGGUGGGCGUCCGGGGGAAGGACCUUUCUACACCGUUGCCUGGUUCCCGCAAAAAUCAAUAACGGUGCAGCGCAGUGGGUUGUCUGGCUUUGAUACUUCUAUUUAAUUUCUUUUUUUUAUAGCACGUCAAUGAAAUUCACAUGCAACGCGCUUGCCAAGGCACAUGAAAGCACUUUCAAAUUGGGGAUAAUUCAGAAAGAAACGACUCUGGAUCAAAUCUAAUGUUCCUGGACUCGAGCUGCGCUGGACCCAGGAGGACCUGGAGAGAGUAAACAUUACAUGAUGAAAGCGUAAUACGUUCAACCUGCUAUCUGCCGACAACCAACCAGAAUAAGAAACCGAUGGAAAGUGGUCGAUGAAGGCGCACCUCAGGGAGUGUUAUGUGUGUGUGUGUGCGUGUGCGGUAACUGCUCAUAACUGGGAAUACGGAUCGUAAAAAAACCUUGCGGACGCAAACGGAGUGGACAAAGUGUCCAGACAGUGCCUGUGAACACGUGUCGAGCAGCAAACGGUGUUAUGACCACGUCGACGCUCCAAUUAGCGAGCUGGCGCCGCUUGAAGCGAUAGCGUGAAAGAGCGAGGGAAAUUAUCACCGUAGUGCGCGAGCGGGAGAGGAACGUGUGAGUAGAGGAGGGGAGGGGGGUGUCACUCUGAUGCUCCUCUGCAGCCCUCACGCUCCAACAGUGUCAGUCUAAUUAGCCACGUUAGCGUUGUUAACGCCGUUAGCCACGUUAGCGUCGGACGGAGGGGAGGCCGGGGUCGGCAUGAGCGAGGGGGGAGCCGUUAACGGGUCCGUCAACGGGUCCUUCGUCGGCGGGAACGUCAGCGUCCGCGGCCCGCGCCGGAUGGACUGGGAAGCGCAGCAGAUGCUGGUGCCCACGCUGGACGCGCUCAUCCUGCUGACGGGCGUCACCGGUCACUCACUGGUCAUCUUCGUCCUGGCGGGGAGGCGGAGGAGGCGGGCGGGGGGGCCGCCGCACGGCACCGACACGCUGCUGCUGGCGCUGAGCGCCUCCGACCUGCUGCUGCUCACCUGCCUGCCCUUCCACACCACCGCCAUCGCCAUGGGCACCUGGCCCUUCGGCAACUUCCUGUGCAAGGCCGUCAGCUUCCUGGGCGUGGCGUGCAACGCGUCCAGCGUCUUCACGCUGUCGGCGCUGGCCGUGUCGCGCUACCUGACGGUGGUGCACCCGGCGUGGGCCUUCGGCGGCCGCUGGCGCGCCGGCCGCUGGAUGGCCGCCACCGCCGCGCUGCUGUGGGUGCCCGCGUGCGCCCUGGCCGCGCCGCAGUUCGCCAUCCGCGCAACGGUGGGCAACGUGGUGGGGCCGGCGCACUGCUUCGCCUUCCUCUCCAACCAGAGCCAGCUGGUGUACAGCGUCGCCCUCUUCCUGGUGGGCUUCGCCGUGCCGCUCGCCGUCAUCGUGCUGAUGUACGCCAAGAUCUACUGCUUCCUGCGCCGCACCAGUCGCCGCGGGCACGCGCCGCAGCUGGAGCGCUACCAGAGCCAGGUGACGCUGACGUCGGCGCUGCUCGUGCUGGUGUUCACCGUCUGCUGGCUGCCCUCCUACGUGCUGAUGUUCCUGCUGGUGGGCGGCAGGCUGGCCGCCGGCUCGCUCCACUACCGCGGCUUCGCCAUCUUCGCCCGGCUGCUGGCGUCCUCGUCCACCGUGGCCAACCCCGUGCUCUACGUCUUCAUGUCGCACAAGUUCCGCCAGGAGCUGCUGGGCCUCAGCCGGCACCGCAGCCGCGGCGGCUGCUGCAAGGCAUGCUGGGAUUACUGCCCCCUGCCGGGCCGCGACGUCGUCCAGCCGUUCAACCCCGUGGAGCUGGAGACGCCGCCGCCGCCUCACGGGUAGAGGAAGCAAAACGUCCCAACACAAACGCUCGAUGCCGCAUCGACCGCUCGAUGCGACGGACUGUGGAUAUCUCAUUUCCUGUUAAGGGGAGGGACUGGAAUGUGUGACUGGUUUUAUCAUCGCAGUAAUGGCUGGAUUACGCAUUAACCGUCUGUCAAUAUAAUGUAUUAUGUCAACUAGACAUCUCCAUGCAGAGCAAUAAGCUCAGCUCCGGCAGGACUGUUAUACGAUCACUGAAGUUUUGUACUGGCAGGAUUGUUAUACGAUCACUGAAGUUUUGUUUGUACUGGCAGGAUUGUUAUAUGAUCACUGAAGUUUUGCACUGGCAGGACUGUUAUAUGAUCACUGAAGUUUUGCUUUGUAAUCGGCCUGUAUGUCUAAUGUGACUUCUCUGAGGAUUGAGUAUUUCACGUCUGUUUUGUCUCCAUUCUUGCGUUGGCUGGAAAAUGUAACAAGCAAAUUAAAGUUUGAUUGUGUGUG